CUAACAGAUAAUUUAAAAAGCAAAAACAAACAAUUACAUAAAAUGCAAUACUUUAUUAUGACAGUUAAAUUACAUUCAAACGAACGUUGUGAUUCAUCACGCUAAUAUACGUUAGUGCAGUAAUAAAAGUUUCAAGACCGUUUUUAAUAGUUGUUGCUAUGAUUUCAAUCAACGCCUUAACAUCUAAAUAUUUAUCUUUUAAAUCCAGAAUGACGUUCCAAUUUACAAGCAAAGGAAAAAAAGCAACUUUUUUUUCGUGAAGUUGGCAACGACAGCUAAUCAGCCGGCUUGCAUUACAGGCACAAUAGAGGAUGCAUUGAAUGUAAAAGCCUUACAUUCGUCUUCGGAUUAUGGAUGUCCCGAACCAUGCGCAUUACUCCCGUUUCGUACUGUAUGAGAGUUAGUAACUCCAGUCUAUUCUGUGAGACUCGCCCGCGUGGCCGCCUCCACGCGUCAGAAUACUUCCAACUUUGAACGCAGCGAGUCUUCGUUACUUUUUUUCGAAUUGAACUUCGAAUGUUUUUUUAAUUCGUAUUCUAUUCUUGAAUAUUAAAAAUAAAGAACUUCAAAUCGGUUUAUUUUUAAUUUAGUGCGGUGAGUGAGUGUUGUGAGUGAAGUUUGAAACUUUUAUUCGAUAAUUAAUUAAGUAAUAUCGUUGAUGAAAGUCUUUGAUCUUAAUGAUAGUAUUUUUAGAAGUUUGGUACUUGUAAUGUUAUUUUGGUCGAUGUGCGGAAAGUUUGUUGGCUUCCGAUGAUUUAUGAUGCAGACGACGCGGAUUCGACGGUCCGGAAAAUUUUAAUCCAUCGAAUUUGACGUGUAUUUAGGUCAAAGAUGUACACCACGGAACCAAACCUAACAACAACGUCGUUCCCCGAUGUGAACUCGACGAGUGAUGACUACACACCGUAUGGGGAACGGCUGGAGACGUAUCUGGUGCCAGUACUCUUUGCGAUCAUCUUCAUAGUGGGAGUACUGGGGAAUGGGACCCUGGUCAUCGUGUACGUCAGACAUCGGGGCAUGAGGAAUGCACCUAAUACGUACAUUUUCUCCUUAGCCCUCGCAGAUCUGCUAGUCAUCCUAAUAUGCGUGCCAUUCGUAUCAACCAUUUACACGUUGGAGUCUUGGCCGUGGGGUGAAAUGAUAUGCCGGAUCUCCGAGGUCGGGAAAGAUGUUAGCAUAGGAGUAUCAGUGUUCACUCUCACAGCACUAUCUGCUGAACGAUACUGUGCUAUUGUAAAUCCAUUUAGGAGACUACAACUACGGAAACUGCCUCUGGUGUGCGCGACGUUUAUAUGGGCUGCAGCUCUUAUAUUUGCAACCCCAGCGGCCGUCUUCUCAAAUACUGCCACAGUUGAAAUACACCCUAAUGUGACAAUAGUGUACUGCACGCCGUAUCCACAGGGAUGGGACAGUUAUCCAAAGUGGAUGACAUUAGCCAAAGCGCUGGUAUACUACGGUCUACCGUUACUAGUCAUUGCGUUCUUCUACUCGCUAAUGGCGCAGCGGCUGCUGGCCAGUACGCGGGAGAUGCCGGGCGCGCUGCACGGCGGCCAGGGGGAGGCGCAGGCGCAGGCCAGAAAGUCAGUCGCUUGUAUGGUACUGGUGUUUGUUAUUGUAUUCUUCAUCUGUUUCCUGCCGUACCACGCGUUAGAGCUGUGGUUCCAUUUAUCACCGACCGCGCAAAAUGAUUACAACGAUUGGACUCACGCACUCAGGAUAGUGGGCUUCUGUCUAAGCUUCCUCAACUCGUGCGUGAACCCCGUCGCUCUGUACUGCGUGAGUGGCGUCUUCAGGUCCCACUUCAACCGCUACCUGUGCUGCCGGCGCGGCACCUUGCACCCGACCUGCAGCUCUCGCCUCUCCAGGACUGCGGUCUGUGAAACCUCGUUCAGGAGCACCCAUCGUCAUCGAUGUAACAGGAACCCAACAGAGAGCGUCGUGAUAUCGAACUACGACUACGGAAGUACUAAGAAGAAGAGCAACAUCAUCUCCAGGAACAGCACUGACGGAGUCACCAUCAUGACGGUAAGAGACACCAACGACUUCCUCACGGGAGACUUGGACGAGAAGAUCACCAGAUAGGGUGAAAUUUGAAAUUAUAUUUUUAAGAGAGUAGAGUACGCGUCUGUAUUCUUUUAGAUUCUGAAAUCGAAAUCGUUUUUGUUUUAUUUAUUUAUUUGGUAUAUGUUACAGCGUAACAUAUGUAUGUUACGUACAAAUUAAGACAGGAAUAACAUCGUUUCUCAUAUUUAUGCCUAUAAGUACACACAGCAUUUAAAAUAUAGGUGUACUGUGUUAUUUUUAUUUAUUUAUGUAUGCCUUAAAUUUACUAUUACGAUGGUUUAUUGAAUUGAGUUUUAAGUUAUAUCUGGCAUAUUUUGCGUGUUGUAAUUUUACUUCAAUGUCGCAUACACACAAAUCGAUGUAAUAAACGUAACAUAUCACACAAGUUUAGCAUAAAGCUAAAAAAACAUCUGAAUAUCAAUGUAUUUACCGAACUACGAGUUAAUAAUGUUUUUAACACUGGGCUUCUCAAGUCUGAAACCCGAAAACUUUUGACGGACUUCGAAAAAAGCAGGCUCUCAAUUAUGUCGGUUUUAAUCCAGUAUUCGAGAGUCUGAAUGAAGUCGAUUUCAAGCCAUAAAAUACCAAUUAAUUCAAAAUCGUAAACAGUGAUAAAAAUAACCAGAAAACAUUGUCUUGCGUCAUCUUUAGUCGAGGACCCCGAUACUGCUACUUACUACGGCUGAUGAAUGAAUGGCAGUUGGAUUAAAAUAUGUGUAACUAUUCCUA